UUGCGGCCGCGGCCGCUUUGCACUCAUUCACUCCAGUCCUCUGCCGACUGUUGCGGUAUACGCACGCGCGCACUCUCCACGCCGUCAGAUGUUAGUCUACGAUUACGACAUCGCGUCGCAUCUCGGACUUUUACCGUGACAGUGAAACAAACACUAACGAAUAUGGGUUAAACGCCCCCUUAGGCGUAAUGAGUCCGGGUGAGCGUGCCGCCCUAGGGCGCCGCGAACCCGCUCGCCCUCAGUAUGCCACCACCGCACCGGGAUUCCCGCCACCCUACUACCCGCCCUAUGGUGUGCCACACCCGAAUGCAUGGCUUGGCGCGCCCCUUAUAUCCAUGGCGGGACGAGCACCACCACCCGUCCGGAACAACCCCGUGUCAAAACUAGCUAUGCACGCUCAAGGCGCGCCCCUUAUCAUACAAAACAGGCACGACCGAAGAAAGUACACCACUGCACCUGAGCAACGCAGCCAUCGUCCUGUAGGGCACAACGAGCACGCCACCAGAGACAGGUGUGAAGCCUCCGAGGGAAACCGGCCCCGUAUCCAGCAGCAACAAACACGUUCCACUCGAGGCGGACGUAACAACAACACGGAUGCGGUUAGUGUCGCGAGCGAUGAGAGUUCCGGCUCUACAAACUCUGAAACAAUGUUGCCCAGGAUUAUUAAACCGAGAAAGCGACGCAAAAAAGACAGGAAACCAAAUUCCAUGGCGCCACAUGACUUAAGUGCUGCUAGUUUAGACCUCGGUGAUGUGGACAAUUGUGCGGUUUCGGGAAUCAGUGCUGCGGUGCGUAGUAUUUAUGAAGAUUCUUACUGCCGAGAAAUGUCCUUGCCGUAUCGUUUGGAUGUUAAAGUGAUGGAAUAUCCAGAGCCAGUGCCAGAGACGUAUCGUGUGUCUGCGUUAGGUGAAGCUUUAGAAGCUACUCGGUUCGGUUUAGCGGAAGCCGCUUCGCCUGCAGAGUCUGCUGUCACUUCGUGUCAGUGCCGCUAUUGUGAUCCCGUAGGACAAAUAUGGGAUGCAGAUUCGAUCACAGAUUUGCUCGAUGAAAAUUCUAGCGUAGAUUUCGCUCCUACGAAAUUGGAAGACUCAAUGAAAGUCGUCGGGCCACUAGGCAGGCGGGGAGCGGACACUACUUUGAGACGUAGCUGGAGUGACCCUUCUUCGCGGGUGCCUGAACGACGGGAAGCUAACACUAGCGACACUUAUUCAGCACCCAAUUUGUACUCAUUAUUCCCACCCACCAGGAGAACGAGCUCCCCGGAGCCGCGCUCUCCGCUCGCUUUGGAGAUAUCGUCAGAGAUUGUCACUUCGAUGAACGGUCAUCGUGACCUGGAAAUCAAGUUAUUUUCGACCUCGCCUUCGGCAACGAACUCCGACCGCCGCUCCUUCUUCGCUGGUAAAAGUGAAAGUGCUACGAACAGAUGCAUUACCGCGAGUUACGACCUUAAAGUGAAGAGUGUGGUGAACAGUGACAAAGUUAAGUCUAGUGUUAAAAAGGAUGGCAAAAGUAGUGAGGAGGUUUCCGAAUCGGUGUGUUCGACUACAUUCUCUGCCGGCGAUUCUUCGCGCAACAUUUGUGAUUUAGCUUUAGUUACUGCCUGAGAUCAUUGCGAUCGAAUUGCGCGAUAUAAGAUAUAUUGAAAUACUGGUGUCGUCUAUCACUCAUUAGAGAACUCCGCGCCUUUUGAGCUGGACUCAAAUUGUUACAGCGAGGCAUGCAUGGAGCAUCUCAACGACCCAUUAUAAUUGAGAUCUCCGCAUCAGUUUCCUGUAGAUUCUAUAAUUAAUUUAUUAUUAACAAUAACGUAGGAAGCUGACGGGGAGCUUUAUCUGGAGACAAAUUAAAUUCGCCGUUUGUCAAAGUUUAAGGUUUCACAGGCCUUUCAAAUAUCCUUUUUGACUCCCUAUUGGUUAUUGACAUCUUAGUUUUAGUAGGUCUCACUCCUAGAUAGCAUCUUGUGCCUACGAGGCUUACGAGUUUGUGUAAUUAGCGUUUCACACUACUGACACGGUUCUCGCGGCUCGAGACUCGCUAUUGCGGUUUCCCGCGAUUUUCACCGCGCACGCCGUUCCGGAUGGCGCCUCGCCAUUCCACUACUAAUGAUUCCAACACCUCAACCAACAUUUCAUUCGCUUCCAUCAUUAUUUCAUUUUCCGUUACCACCGUAUACUCAUAUAUUAAACGUCUUCUGGGUUAACAAAAUCAAUAAACUGUGCCAGGCAAUAUGUCGUAAUGCAUUUGAAUAAAUUUCUUAUUAACCGUGACAAAUUGUUUUGUUCGGCACGUAAGGAAAUUGUAUAAUAAAAUUAUCACAUGCAUGAAUGAAGCUGUUUACAAAGAUAAAGUCAGUGCCAGUUUUCUUACCUCUGUAUCAUCAUUAUAAUCUAUUCCAUCCAUUGCAUCAUCAUAAAUCAUGGAUCGUAGAAAUCAUAUUCAUCAAAUUCAUUCGCCAUACGCACGUUUCUCGCCGCCCACUGCAGAAACAUUAGAAUUUGUAUUUCAUACGCCACCGUUGGAAGCGAUAAAACAACAGUUAUUUCCCUCUACUUACGUGACUGACGUCGGCAAGUUAAUAGUAUUCCCCCACAAUCGUUAUCGUUGCAUAACAGCCGCAUUGUUGACACUUUGAUCUUUGUUGAUCCAUUUACGCCUCUUCCCUGCUAUCAGACUUGAAACGAGCCGGUUAUGCGGUCGUUGCCUUUGUUCCUAGAUUGAUACCAACGUGUAUAACAAUUGUUGUCCAAUUGUAAAUUUAUGAUCACAAUUAUAAUGCACCGUACUUGCGUGCUGGUCACGAUGUUGAAAAAAAUGGCAUUGUUGGCGUUUCAAAACAAAACAUACAGAGUUCAUAGCGUACAACUAAUUUUCUUUUUUCAUUGAUAAACGGCGAAUUCAAAAACUCCCGCGUGUCUCGGUAUGUAUUCGUUUAUCGAGGGUCCAACAAGUUUGUAAGUCCAGAUAAAGCUCCAUACUGUAGAUAAUGUGAAUAUAACUAAGUUAUUCAUUGACUGUACGUACGCCUGUAUACAGUCUCUAUCGUUGGGUUUUACACUCCACGGGCUAUUUCGAUGUUUUAAUUUUUUUUUGUUUAUGUGCUGUGUUCGCUUGCGUGGGUCGACAUGAUAAAUUGGUUCUUGGUUUCCUUUUUUUUUUUCUUACGACAUGCUCCGCGUAGAUGGGGAGUUAUCUAAAUCAAAUUCCUAUAGAAUUUCGUAUUAGUGGGACUAUGUGAAUUGACAUAUUUAUCGAAGGCUCCAUUAACGGCCGCCUUUGAAGUUAGGCCUUCUUUAUGUUUACUUUUAUCCGAGUGGAGGAGGGCGAUAGCUCCUUUAUUGUUACUGUUAACUUGAGUUAUUGAAAUUGGGUGCUCGAAUUAUUUGUUAUCUUUUCUUUGAGUUGAGAAUGGUGGAAUGUAAUCUCAAUUGAAUUAUUAAUGUUUUUUUCUACGCUGAGCCUCGGUUUGUGUUGGGAUUUCGUAAGGGCGUGGCGCCUAAUGUGGUUGUAAAACUCAACGAUACAACCUCAAUUUAAUGUAAACAAAUAGGCUAUGUCUAACUUACUGAGUGAAUGCAUUUUAUAUGAGGGUCCGUGUGGACGAGCCAAUUCAAUGGUCAAAUGUCAGAGGCACGAAGUGCAUUAUGUCGGCUACACACUAUCUUAUGACCGAGAAUUAACGUACAUUGCGUAGUUUGUAUGUGAACUUUUAUUUACUUCAAAAAAGCCAGCAAUGUAUGUCGAAUCCGCCAAAGUUUGGCGAACUAUUUGCAGAUAGUGUAUAUCCGCAUUGAACGAAGGCGUUAAUUUGCGUCCAACGGUAUAGUCAUAUGUGUUUAUUAGUAAUGAUGUAAAAUAUUACUCCACAAAGUGGAAUUUUAUCUGGGUUCAAGUUAAUUAUAUCAGUUUCAUCUAUUUUCCAAUUGGCGCCUAAAACUUUAUUUUUUUUGCCUCGUGCACGCGGACUCUACAAUAUAUAGGUUAAUAUUUGUUUGUGUAUGUCAUGAGACAUGAGUUACACACAUUCGCACACUAUUUUUGUACAAUAAAUACCAUGUCCUUA